AUGACUGGAGGCGGCAAGUCCGGCGGCAAGGCCAGCGGUUCUAAGAACGCGCAAUCUCGUUCUUCUAAGGCCGGUCUCGCUUUCCCUGUCGGUCGUGUUCACCGUCUGCUCCGCAAGGGUAACUACGCUCAGCGUGUCGGUGCCGGCGCUCCUGUCUACCUUGCUGCUGUUCUCGAGUACCUCGCCGCUGAGAUUCUUGAGCUGGCUGGCAACGCUGCCCGCGACAACAAGAAGACUCGUAUCAUCCCCCGUCAUCUCCAACUCGCCAUCCGCAACGAUGAGGAGCUGAACAAGCUUCUGGGUCACGUCACGAUUGCCCAGGGUGGUGUUCUGCCCAACAUCCACCAGAACCUGCUGCCCAAGAAGACCGGCAAGACUGGAAAGAACCAGAGCCAAGAGUUGUAA